ACAGUAGCGUGACACUUAAUAUUCUAGCAUCUCCAGUUUGCACGUUGCAGUCAGCUGGUAGCGAUGGGUGAGCACGGAACGAAAUACGAAGAAGACAUUUUAAGGCCCUUAUCUCGGGAGGAGCUGUGUGCGUUAAGAGAACUCUACUGCAAACAUUACACAGUUGAUCUGCACUUUUACUUCUUCAUCAAAAACGCUCUCCGAUGGCAAGAACAGCUGACAGAGCUCAGCGAAUCGGAGAAAAUGAAACUUUGUGUGCGUGCAUUUAUAGAAUUUUAUACGCCAAAAGCUGUAAAUCCGUUGGAAACAGGAACCUUUGUUGCUGUUACGAAAAAUGAGGACCCAAACGUCUACUUCCAUUCGCUGACCGAGGAACCCGCCCAACUGGAGAAGUAUUUGUGCGAGACAAAACGGAUCGAUUGGACGGCCAGUCCGGUGUUUUCAUGCGUUAGUGAUCAAUUCGCGGAUACACUAGCAAAUGUGCUCCGAAAGUUCAACUGCAAAUAUGAUUUGUUAUCGGACUGUUCUUACUACAAGCUAUCACAUGAACUUGCCGUUCAGUGUCAAUUCCAAAUUCCGGAAGAUUUGGUAAUGAAGCCUCUAGAGCCGAGAUGCGCCUCGGUGAUGAACGAACGGUGGCCCCAUCGCUACCCGAAUUCUCAGAAGUAUAUUGAGAUGCUGAUAAAAUUCAACGGUGGAUAUGGACUGUUCAAUAAGGAGAGCAACGAUUUGGUCGGAUGGGUUCUGAAGAAUGAAUUCGCUGGCAUCGGACAUCUUCAGGUAAUGCCCGAGUAUCGACAGCGUGGACUAGGCGAGGUUCUGACCAAGGCUAUUUCGAAGCGAAUCGCGCUGGAAGAUAAAGGCGAUGUGAAUGGUUUCAUAGUGGACGAAAACUUAGGUUCGAUACGGUUACUAAAGAAGAUCGGCUAUCAGAAAGUUGCUGGUUCGAAUUGGGUUAGGGCUGUGUAUGGAAUGGAACAAUAAACUUACAGAUCAGAAUCGACGAAUAUUUGUAAAGUUUGUGAAACAAACAAGUAAAUUUUGCUUGAAUGUUAAUUAUUCAUAUAAUGUUUGGAAAUGAAUCUAAUUCGGAUUAAAGAAAAUUUAAAUUUAUAAAAGAUAUUGAAUUAUAGUUAAUUGUUGUUAAACGUAUUUUACAAAAAAAAAAAACAUUUCAUUCGAAAGAGAGCGACAUUCCUAAUAGGACAAUACGGCAAAGUCUAUUUCAUAAAAGGACCUCCGACGAAGAUUGACCGAUUAUUGUACGAUUUUGUUUCUAAUACAAAAGACAAAUCUCGCCAAACAUGUGAAAAGGGCCCAUGUGCCAUAUGUAAACAAGCCAAAUUUUCUCGUUUUUUGAUUAAUACAGGCGAAAUCUGCCCUUAUCAAUAAGCUUUAUUGAUAAAAGAAUUUACUCUUAAUCAAACUAUAUUAAUUGUACGGGUAGAUUAAGCUUGUAUUUAAUAAAAAACGUGAAAUUGUGGCUUGUUUACAUAUGGCAUAUGGGCCCUUUUCACAUGUUUGGCGAGAAAUAUCAUUAUUCUGUGUUAUAGACCUAUUUACGUACCAAUGUGUUAGUGCCACUCAUUGAGGAAAAAUUUUACAAAUCGCUGUUUUGUUUGCAAUGCUAUGUUUUUAUCAGCUGCACAGAUAAUUAUUUAAACAUUUAUUAUAAGUUCUAAACUCGUUUCUGAAUAAAUUUUUCAUUCGUGAUCAUGAAUCGAAAGAAGCUGUGAAAUAUAACCGACCAAAAAUGAUAAAAAGUGAUAAAAAGUCGAAGCAACGAGAUGCGAUGAUUUUCAGUUUGGAGGAAACAAAAGCAACUCUAUACGGGUUUACACGUUCACUAGUGUGCGUAGGUGAAAAGUCAUUUAUCUCUAUAGCCAACGAUUCGGCAAAGCUUGAUUUGAAUCGGAGACAUCUGCGUUCAACAGAAUUGCUCUUCAGCUUGAAAAUAGUACGACAGAACUCAAUAGAACCUGAAAUAGCAUUACGAAGAAUAGUGAAAUACAAUCGACAUUCUAGUUAAGGUUGGUGCAAUUCGGCCGAGAUUUUGCUAUGCGAUAGUUUGCUAUCUUCAGUGUACAACAAUUCAGUAGCUACCGCUUUUUAUGGAUCGUUAACGGCGCCGGCCACGUCUUUACGAUUGUUAGGGUAAGAAAGGAUGUAAGGAAGGAGCAACACGACUGUUGCUAUGUUGCUGUUACGCAAAUUAAACGAAAACGUUAUUGCAAAAUUAAAAAUAUUGAACAGUCAAGCUCAUUUUGAUACGUCUUUAUCAAUUUGUGGUUCGUGUAGUUAUUGGAAUGAUAACCAAGUCACCAUUCAUCCCUUCGUUGUUUACUAUUCAGAAUCUGGAACACUUAAGAAUAUCAGCUUCAUCAUAAUAUCGGAAGUACUCCAUCAUGAUACUGUUGCGGUUCAGGUUUUCAUUGCCAAAUUAAUGAGUUUUUUGAAAACAACAAUACAGUUGAAAAAAAGCGAUAUUAAUGUCUGAUGGAGCUGCCUCACAAUAUAAAAUAGAACAAAAUUUGCAAGUCUUUGCAAGUUCAAAACAAAAUAUAACGCCGAUGCAGAGUGGCAUUUUUUGCGACUUCUCAUGGUAAAGGCCCAUGCGAUGCAAUUGGUGGCAUAUUAAAACGAAUGGCAGGAAAUGCAAGUUUAGCUUAAGAACAUGAACAUCCCAUUACAAGCGAAAAAGAAUUGUAUGAUUGUAAUAAAAAUUCAUCAAAAAUGUCAUUUAGUUGGGUAUCAUAUGAAGAAUAUGAACAAGGAGUAACAGAAUGGAGCAAUAUUUUCAAAAAAUCUAUAAUAA